UCCAGCUGCCGUUGUAAAGACGCACAGACAUAAACAUUCGAUUUACAUGCGAUAUUCAGAUAUUUACACGGUUAUUAUGAUGUAAACAUGAUGUUUAAUCGCAACAGAGCCUGCAUAUGAAAUGUUAGUCAUGUUUGGUGACUUUAAUCGGGUGUUUUUUUAUUGAAAUCUGUGAGGCGGAACUGAGAAUAUUAUAAUAACCACCAGAGUUUGUGUACUCAACACAUUGUUUAUACGCAUAGUUCGCUUAUUUUUACAUUUCAAACACUGUUUUGGCACGUGUCUCUUCAUAUUUUGAUUUUUGAGUAGUUUAAAAGGAUUUUAAGAGGCAGUAAUGAAGGUUUUAGAGAGAAAUGUGGUUCGUCUCGCGGUCGUUCAGCAUCUUCGUUCCGUUUAUGGAAUAAAAAUAAAAAACUGGAAUAAAAACAGGAACAAACAGACAUCAGUGAACACGGUGAGGGUGUUUGGGGUUGCACUAGAAAGUCUGCCACACUGUCAUGUGCUGGACUAUGGAGACAUACCCUGCUUUAUUGUAGAUGUUUGUACAAGCCUCAUGGAGCAUUUGGACACAGAGGGCCUCUUCAGAAAAUCAGGCUCUGUUGUUCGGGUCAAGAUCCUCAGGGGCAAACUGGACCAGGGUGAGGACUGUCUGGACACUGCUCCGCCGCUGGACAUCGCUGGACUUCUGAAACAGUUUUUCAGGGAGCUUCCCGAGCCGGUUCUGACCGUAGAUCUGCACAGCGCUUUCCUGAAGGCCCAGGAGCUGCCCACCGAAGAGGAGAGGACCUCAACCACGGUUCUGCUGUCCUGUGUGCUGCCCCACAGGAACCUAAACACACUGCGGUAUUUCUGCAGUUUCCUGAAGAACGUCUCUCAACGCUGUGCUGAGAAUAAGAUGGACAGCAGUAAUCUCUCUGUCAUCUUUGCACCGAAUCUCUUUCACUGUGGUGACGUCACAGAGAAACUGAGCAGCAGCACAGAGAAGAGACUCAAGCAUCAGACUGCAGCUGUGCAGUGUCUCAUAGACAACGCACAACUCUUAGGUGUUGUUCCUCAGUUCCUGAUGGAGAAGGUUCCAGCCAUGUUGGGUUGUGAUGCUGGGAUGUUCUCACCAUCUACAGUGUCUCUAGAGGAGAGCAGUACUCACUCUGACCUGAAGAAAAGCAACAGACGCAGUUUAGGAGAUGUGGUAAAUGGAGCUCUGAAUAAGUUUAAAACUAGUAGAACACCAACACGUACUCCUCAGUCUGAUGGAGCAGUGUUCUCCACAGCGACUCCAGUCAUCAUGACUCCAAACACGAAGCGUAAACUUCCUGUGGAGUCGGCACAGACUCAAGGGUUCUCCAACAAGAAACGUAGGUCUAUCAAGAAGAACCUCGGCCUGGAGCUGCUGCCAAACGCUCUGUUUGGAGGAACAUCUACACCAGGAUCAGCACACAGUGCAGCAGGGGUUCUGGACUCGUCUCACAAUGGUUUACUGUCUUCUGUGGGCAGAAACUCUCGUCUGUCCAGCAGUUCAGCGAGGAGGAAGAGCAAACGACUGAGAGAUCGUAGUGUGAGCAGAGUUGAAUCAGGGAAAGCAGGCUGUUUCUCUCCCAGAGUCCAUAAGAAAGAACCCGUGAGAAAAUCUCUGCGUCUGCGCUUCAGUCUGGGCAAAUCCAGCCGAGAGUCUAACAUCAUUACACAUUCACAACUGGGGCCAAAGGGGUCAGAGGUCAUAGGGUGGCGCCUAGCAACACAAGAGAGCUGCACCGGUUUUAACUUCACCUCAGAGUCUGCAUUUAGUCCGGCUGUUUUAAACAAGAGUCCCUCAAAAGGCUCCAAGUUUAUCAGUAAAUCUGAGGAUAACCUGCUGACGCCUCAGUGUGAUUCAAUAAACCACAGGAGCUUGUGGAGUAGAGACACUCCUGAUGUAGCUCCGACCUUCACAACAGAUUCAUUUUCUGACACACCCUUGAGCAUCUAUCCGAAGAGCAUCUGCCGCUCUGAGCCCGCCAUUGUAGUGAGCAAACCGCCCAUAGUCGGCAUUAUUCCCAAAACCCUUUGCUGUGCCUCGAGCGAGAGCAGCGGCUCGGACUCAUUCAGCGAGGAGCGAUCUCACACUGGGCCGACUCUACUGAAAAUUAAACAAGCUUUCGGCGAGUCUGGCAGUGAUCUUCAGAGCAUCAUUAAAGACCAGAGCGAAAAUCCCAAGGACAAACCACAAGACAACCUUGGUGCAAUGUCUGAGGCGGUUUCUUCUGAGGUGACCACAGAAACCUCACACAAAUCAAUGGAAAGUUCUAGAAAAUGCAUGGCGGAGGAUCACAAUGUGACGUUUGGGCAGCUUGAGAUGAUUCCUUUGUCGCCUCUACACAUAGACAGCGCUCUUUUUGAUACUGAACCCAAAGAGCUGGUGGAGAUCACCAACAACGGCUCUCUUUGUCUUAAAAAUGAAGACAGAGGUUUCUUAAAAGAGGCCACGGCUUGUUCUGGAGAUUGCAGUCAACUCAUCGAUGCUUUAGACAUCCAAAGUCCUGUGGCCUUCAGACUGGACACGUCCAUCAGGGUUCAAUCAACCCCAUACCCAGCAAGAGCGCAAGCGAAAAUCAAUACGCCCCUGCCAAGUGAAUUUAAAGAGUCUGCAUUGGGCGACUACGCCGAUUGUCCUCAAAAUCAAGAAGACAAGCCGCAGAACUCUCCUAAUGCCGUCGAAAUGCACCGAAUGAAAGUUGCUGAUCAGAUUAAACUUUUCAACACGAUGACACUCGAUUCACCCAAAGCCAAAGUGGUCCGAUCUCCUCUGAAGUUCCAGCGUACACCCGUUCGGCAGUCUGUGAGGAGGAUAAACUCUUUGCUUGGAGACAGGAAAGACAUCAGGAUGGGCUGGUGUGCCAGUCAAAGCAUGCCGAAGUCCGUGAGUUUAGAGAGGGGUUUGUGCACUCGACAGACUCAAACCACAUUGUCAAAACCCAAACCUCCAGUUCCUCCCAAAAAACACUACACUGUCAAACAUACCGCACUAGAAGACGUCACGAAUACGGUGUCAAAAGCAAACCAUGAUGCCCUCUCUGCAAAUAAGAGUGCUGCAACUGAAUAUCCCAAGUCUGUCUGUCUUCAACUAGCAGAACAAGAUUCAAGUCGCUAUCGAGGUUCUCCUAAAAACCCGCUUACAGAUGGAAAACUUCUGUCAGUGAUGAAACCCAUCGACCUGUAGUACAGGUCACCAUCAAGUUAAAUAAUGUCUUCUGCGGGUGCUUUCGUAAUUUGAAACUCAUGUAUUCAGGGGUCUUAAUUUAUUUUACUAGAGAGAGCAUUGAUUGUUUGAAAGGUAAAGAGCCCUUUACAGGACAAGGAAUUUAUUUUCUGAACUAGUUUGCGUUCCCUCACAAUUAUUUUGUGUUCCCUUUCAAUACCUUUAUCCAUUCCUUACAAAAUGUAACCAUGGUUUUGUAGUAAAACCACAGUAACCACAAAGUUUACCAUGGUUAUACCACAGAAACUAUAGUUAAAUUAUGGUAUAUAUUGUAAAACAAUAUUUACCAUGGUUUUACUACAGUUAAUAUUCCAUGGUUUUUAAAACCACAAAAAUGGUUGCUUCAGUCAAGGUUACUGCAGUUUUGGUUAAUUUUCAUAUGGGCUUGUUUAUUGGUGGAAAUGGUUUAAACAAAAUGCUACUUGUACUACAAAUGAUCCUUGGUGUUGCUAUAGUAGAACUGUAGUAAACAUGUUUUGUGGCAGAACUAUUUAUUUUUAUUACUAUAGUUUUGGUUUUCCUGUAUAUUGUAAAUGGUCAAAUUUGUCAUUAUGGUUUAACAAACACCAUAGUUUAAUUAUUAAAACCAUGGUUAAUUUCUGUAAGGGAUGGAUAAAGCUAUUGCAAGGGAACCCAAAAUAAUUGCGAGGGAACGCAGAACUAUUUGUGAGGGUAUGCAAACUAUUCCUCUCCGUAAAGAGGUGCAUGAUGUGAUUGGUUGAUAAGAAAACGUAUUUUUUUUAAACUUGUUUUUUUCCUAUUUUCAGCUUGAUCAUUCCAUCAGUUGUUUUGGAUUUCAGGCUCACCAUAGUUUGGCUCAAGUCAUAUAUACGAGACACAAAUGUAUGAGCGGCAAAGACUUUCUGCACUUUGUCUUAAAAUAUACUCUGUUGUUUGAGUAUCUGGUAGUUUUGAAAGUGAAAAGACGAGUCGGUGAAAGUGUGAAGUGUGUUAUUGAUGCAAGAAUAGUUCAUGGCUGUAUUUGGAGUAAAAAUGGAUGUCUGUACGUUAGAUUGGAAAAGGUUGGUUAUUAGGGAAGUGUCUUAUUUCGUUUUUUAUUUAUAUUUUAUUCAAAACUUGUUAAGGCCUUAUAAAAAAAGAACCUUCUCACGGAAAUGUGUGAAUAUAUCAAACAGUAUUAUAGUCUUAUGUCAUAUCCUCAAUGCUAUAAUUAUUUUCAUUCAUUUGUUACUGGAUAUGAAGUUGCCAAACUAAACUUUUUGUUUUGUUAAAUUGCUGUUUUGGAGUUGCUUUCUUCACCACCUGGUGGCGCACUUUGUUUUUACAGGGCUGCAAUUUGGUGUUAAAUUUAAUGGUCUACACUUACAUCACAUUAUUAAAUGUUUGACUGUUAUAUGAACAGCAAAUACAACAGAAUGGAUUUAAUGUGUUGUUUGACUGUCACUUACAACAGACACAUGUAACAUGUAUAAUGCGCCUGCAGGUAUGAAAUGUUAAAUUACCACAGACAACAUGCUUAUUAACACAUAAAGGCCAUGGAAGUGAAAAGUGAUGUGCUUUUAAUCCACACAUGUUAAAAUCUACGAAUGGCAGUAAAGCAGAGAUAACCUGAGCUAAAUGUAAUCCAGGGACAAGUUUGACCUAAGUGUGCAUUGAUUUGCAUAAAAACAUUGUGUCAAAUGAAGUUAUUGGGUUCAUAGGAUGAACUGACAAAGUGUACUUUUACACAAUUGAACUAGACCUCCUUAAUGCAUACUUGUCACAAGGAGAAGCUGCUUAAAAAAUUACCUCUGACCCCAUGCUCAAGUAAUUCCAACCCAUGCACAUUUUAGUUUGAUGUUUCGGUACCUAUAAUAUAAAUGAAGAUCUGAAAUAAAAUGCUGUCUUCUCACCUUAUAGGGUUAAUCGCAGCUUAUUAGACUGGCAGUCUUAAAUAAAAGAACAAAUCAAAGGAAAACUGCAAACAUGACACAUUCGCACACAGCUGUGAUCGAGACGUCAGAAAUACACUUCAUUAAUGGCUUAAUGUAGAAGCUGUAAAAAAUCCUUAAAACAGUCUCAAUGAUAGAUUAGAUUUAGACAGGUCUACUGUAAUCACAGGCCGUGAUAUAUACAGUUUCAAAUGUGUCUUCUGUAUUAACUUGAAGAAAAGUGACAGCAGCUGUCAGUUAAUUAAAGGGACAGUUCACCCCAAAAUGUAAAUUGUCUCAUCAUUUACUCACCCUCAUGCCAUCUCAGAUGUGUAUGACUUUCUUUCUUCUGCUGAACACAAAUGAAGAUUUUUAGAAGAAUAUUUCAGCUCUGUAUGUUCAUACAAUGCAAGUGAAUG